AUGGCUCCUAAGAAAAGUUUGGCGUGGGAUCAUUUUAUGGACAAAGGAGAAAGUAAAGCCGAAUGCAAGAUGUGCAAAGUAAUUAUAUCGUACAAAUCUGGAGUGUCAAACCUUACCAAACAUGUACAGAGAAAACAUAUUUCUGUUAAUUUGGUGAGAAGGGAGCAAGAAGUGGAGCGUCAAGAGGUACCGGCACAUGCUUCACAAGGUACACAAUUUACGACAUCUAAUACUCCAUUGCAAACUGACGCAACACCUAGUACGAUAAGGUCCAAUAGAGUCAUUAUGCCUACUAUCUCAUCAUUCCUUCGACGCGAUUGUCAAAAAAUAAAAAAGCAAAUUGAUGAUCAUUUGAUGAAUUUAUUUAUAUGGGACUUGCAACCAUUUUCUAUAGUGGAAGACAAGGGGUUUCGCGAAUUUAUAAAGUUUGCUUUCCCAAAUUAUACGAUACCAUCGCGAAAAUAUUUCGCCAAUAAUUUAUUGCCAGGGUGGUAUGAAGAGGUAAAAACUAAUACUAAAGCCGCUCUAAUUGAAGAUGCAAAAAGUAUAUGCCUAACGACUGAUAUGUGGACGUCGAGAAAUAAUGACUCGUAUUUAGCGGUUACGGGUCAUUAUAUUGAUAAAAAUUAUAGAUUGCAAUCAGUGCUCCUUGAAUGUAAAGUGUUAGAAAGUCGUCACACAGGGCUAAAUUUAGCUGAAGAGUUAAGAAAUGUCGCUCAAGAGUGGAAUAUUCUUGACAAAGUCCUCCUUGCAGUAUCGGAUAAUGGUGCCAACAUCAAAAGUGCUUUAGCUCAAUUAGAGUGGAAACAUUUUGGCUGUUAUGCGCAUACGCUUAACCUGGCAGUCCAAAAAGUAUUAGUAAGUUCUUACAUAAGGGACUUAAUUAGUAAAGUGAAGGCUAUAGUUUCCUACUUCAAACGAAGUAAUUUGGCAUGGAAUAAAUUGAAAAAAUACCAAGAACAGGCUAAUAAAGUUGUAAAGAGGCCAAUCCAAGAUGUUGCUACAAGGUGGAACUCCACAUUCUACAUGUUACAUAGUUAUGAAUGGGAUAUAUGCCAGUCGUUGAUCAUAGUGUUACAACCGUGUGAAGAAGCGACGAGAGAAAUCAGCGGCCAAAGAUAUUUAAGUGGAAGCUCAGUCAUUCCGUUAACAAUUGGUCUCACCAGCGCUCUCAACGAGAUCGCAAGUUCGACAUAUCGCCAAGAAAAUAAAAUCUCCGUUUUCCCUGAUGAAGUUGAAAUGUGCCGACAGGAUCUCCUCUCAGAAAUAAGCACGCGAUUUUCUAAUUUGGAACAGAGUCGAACUUACACUGUCGCUAUGUUUCUAGACCCGCGGUAUAAGUUAUACUUUGAGAGUGAAAACGUUGCGGACAAUACUAAAAAGCAUAUCAUAGGCCUAGUAACCACGAUAAUUAAUGAAAAUGAAAGAUGUCAGUCUUCAGCAUCAACUUAUGAUAAGCCAGAUAACCAGGAAAAAAAAUCUAACAGUCUAAUAUGGAAGCACUACAAUAAGCAAAUGCAAAAUGUAAGACCAGCUGGGACCGCCCAUAGCAGGGCAAUAAUUGAAACUCAAAAAUAUCUAGAUGACGCAGUUUUGUCUCCAGAUAUGGAUCCUUUGGAGUGGUGGCGAAUGAAUCAAACAAUUUAUCUAAAUUUAGCUAAACUGGCCAAAAUAAAAUUAAACGCCAUGGCCUCUAGCGUGCCUUGUGAACGGUUGUUUUCUGUAGCAGGGAACAUAUUAACGGAGAGGAGGACCCGUUUGGGAAGUCGUAAAGUAGAACAGUUAUUGUUUCUACAACAAAAUAAAAAAUAA